AUGAGCUACAAGGGCAGCUACUAUGGGGGCUUGGGCUAUGGUUAUGGCUCUGGUUAUGGCUAUGGAUGUGGCAGCUACCGUGGCCUGGGCUACGGCUUUGGAAGCUGUGGCUAUGGAGGACUAGGCUAUGGAGGCCUGGGCUAUGGAGGCUAUGGCUACAGAGGUUAUGGCUAUGGCUGCUGCCGCCCAUCUUGCUGUGGAAGAUAUUCUUCCUUUGGCUUCUACUGA